AUGGAAGAAAGAGAGAAAAAGAACAAAACCGUUGCAGAAGUUGCAGAAGAAAAACUGAAAUCUUCACUUUUGACAGGGGUUCCCAACAUCUUCUUGGAAAAAACCAUUGCAUGGAAGAUUAUCAGAAUAACUGGUAUUCUUUUAUUUAUGUUUUUAUUUGCUUACCAGCUGCAUCAGUUCUUAACCGAAUACUUGAAGUAUCCAACAGUGUCAACUACGAAAUUUCUAACGCCUAUGGAUACAAAUGAAAAGAUAUCAUUUGCGCUGCCCGGUAUUGUUAUCUGCAAUAAAAACCCUGUGCUCAGAAGCAACUAUUGUUCAGCCUAUCCUACAUAUUGCUAUAGACCUGAAAACGAGAGAGCAUUCUGUCAGAAAUAUGAACAUUAUUGUGAACAUUCAGAGCUUCCAAAAGACUUUAUGAUUGCUAGGAGGGAAAUUUUCAGCGAGUUUGUUGUCAAAGAAUUCCACCAGACGGAAGGAGAUUUUUGGAUUGAAAGAGAUCUAAGCGCAUUCGGACCGGUAGAAAACGAGGGAGAAUUGUAUGCUGUCUUCUAUGAGAUGGGAUAUCUACCAUGUUACGAAAGGAAUUACGUUCGAGGUGAUCCCAUAUAUCCCGUCAUAAAUGAUAUCAAUUACGACGUAAAGAACCUGCGAAUAUUCUCUAGCAUUCGUUUGGAUUUCGAUCUAAAGAACACAGCUCAUAUGGAAAUAGAAUCAGGUGGUUUGCUUGGAAUUGGUUCUCCGUUUGAACCUUUUUUUCCGGAUAUUGCUAUAAAACCUGGUUGGCAUUAUGAUAUACGAUUACAGAUGAUCGAAGAAAGAAGACUGCCGUAUCCUUAUGAUACAGACUGCCAAGACUAUCACGAAGAGUGGCGAAAAAACAACUUUAGUGGACCGCUCUCCAGAAAAAUAUGUAUUAUGUCAUGCGUUAUAAAGAAAUUCCUGGAAUCAGGAGAGGAGUCUUGUUGCCCUAUGCGGAAAUACUACGUAGAAGCUGCACUUCCUAUUAAAUUCCUGUGUUUGGAUUACCGUAUGAACUUCUGUGGAAUAUAUAUGUAUGAUUAUGAAAGGGAAUGUUCGGGGAUUUGUAAAGAAUCCUGCUUGAUAUUCAGAUAUUCUUAUUCAAUUGAAAAAUCAAAAGUGACUUAUUCUCUUUUGCAUGAGCGGUGA